CAGAGACUUGGGGAGAUGCAGAGACUUGGGGAGAUGCAGAGACUGGGGGAGAUGCAGAGAUUGGGGGAGAUGCAGAGAUCUUGGUAAUUCCAAAUGUAAGCUCAUACAGAAAACUGUCAAGCAAGACAUGUUACAUGAGGGAUACAAAUAACAAAUGGCUUAUAUAUAAAAAUGGUGGUCUUUACGCAAAGGAGUUGAACAAUGCAAACUUACAUCUCAGAGCGCCAAUCGAAGUUACAACCUAUGGCAGCUUAGUAACCGUGAACCUUAAUAUUAGCUCAAUAACCGAGAUCCUGCCUAAUAGCUCAAUAGCUGACUGCCUGCCUUGUACCUCAGUAACCGAGAGCCUGCCUAAUAGCUCAAUAGCCGACUGCCUGCCUUGUACCUCAGUAACCGAGAGCCUGCCUAAUAGCUCAAUAGCCGACUGCCUGCCUUGUACCUCAGUAACCGAGAGCCUGCCUAAUAGCUCAAUAGCCGACUGCCUGCCUUGUACCUCAGUAACCGAGAGCCUGCCUAAUAGCUCAAUAACCAACUGCCUGCCUUGUACCUCAGUAACCGAGAGCUGGCCUUGUAACUUAAUAACUGAGAGCCGACAUUACAUCGCAUUAACCGAGAGCCGGCAUUGUAUCGCAUUAACCGAGAGCCUGCAUAAUAGCUCAAUAACCGACUGCCUGCCUAAUAGCUCAAUAACCGACAGCCUGCCUAAUAGCUCAAUUACUGAGAGCCUAUCAAUUACUGAAAGCUUGUCUGCCCUUUACAUUGCUUUCAGCAUUCUUGAUACCAAUUCUCAGAAAAGGAUUUUUCUCUACUCCUCGUCUGGCACGCUGGAAUAUAAGAAACUGGAUGCAAUUCCGCCUUCUGUAUCUGGGGAUAAUGUAAACCUGCUGUUUAGCACUACCCAACAGACUCACACAGCGACCUAUGUGCCAAUUAAUUAUUCCCAGUGCACCCUCUGCACCUCCCAACGAGCGGAUCAGUCGCUAAGUUUGCAGAACACAAUAAGAAAUGACUUUAUAAGGGACUUUUACCUCCAAGAUGUAUGAAUGGCAAGAUGCCAGAUGAUAAUUUUCAAACUAAAAUACCUGUGGCAAAUAUUUGCUUUAUAGGCGGGGUUUCUGGGGAAACCUCAGGGUUAAUUUAUUAAAGGAACACAGUGUGUUCUAUUUUUCUUUAUGUU